GGUCUCGAGUAAGUUUAUUUUUCCUUUUUAAACCUAAAUUUAGCAUCUUAGAGAAGCUCCUUUGGCAGCAAGAGGAUGGUAACGAUGACAAGAUCAAUCCGUGGAUAGUUCUGUGAAGAUCUGGAAAGUCCUGGUAAAACAUAUUUGAUUUCAUUCAUGUCUGCAUUUUGUCCACAGCCCAAAGAUCUGCUCAUGAGCUUCCAAUGGUUGAAAGACAAGAUAUUGAGAGCUGCCUAGUUUACGGCGGACAGCAGAUGAUCCUGUCUGGUCAGAAUUUCACAGCAGAGUCUAAAGUUGUAUUCACUGAGAAGACCUCAGAUGGUCAGCAGAUCUGGGAGAUGGAGGCAACAGUGGAUAAAGAUAAGAGCCAACCUAGCAUGCUUUUUGUAGAGAUACCAGAGUAUCGGAACAAGUACAUCCGUACACCUGUGAAGGUGAAUUUCUAUGUCAUCAAUGGGAAAAGAAAAAGAAGUCAGCCACAGCAUUUUACCUAUCACCCAGUACCAUCAAUCAAAACAGAGCCCAUUGAUGACUAUGAUCCAGCUUUAAUCUGCAAUACAGUACACAGUGGUCUGGGAACAGUAACACAGCCUUACUAUUCACAGCACACAAUGGUCACUGAAUCCCCUUCCUGUCUCGUGGCCACUAUGGCUUCCUGCCAGCAGUUGCGUUCAAGCCUGUCUUCUACUGAUUCUCGAUAUCAUCAGCAGAACCCAGCAGCUGUAAUAUACCAAAGAAGCAAAAGUCUCAGUCCUAGCCAACUAGGCUACCAGCAGUCCAGUUUGAUGGCCACACAGGUUUCCAUUUCAGAUGCACACAGGUCAGUGCUGGUGCAUGCUGGUUCCCCAGGCCAAACCUCAGCUGUGCUCCACCACUCUCCAGCCAGUCCACAACCUUCUCCCGUGAUUCACUAUUCUCCAACCAAUCAGCAGCUGAGGUGUGGAAGUCAUCAAGAAUUCCAGCAUAUCAUGUGCUGCGAAAAUUUUACCUCUAAUGUAGCAAGACCCAGCCAGCCUCAGGUCAGUCAAGCACAAAGGAUAAGUCCAAGUUCAUAUCCUACUGUGAUUCAGCAGCAGACAGCCACCAGCCAGAGAGCAGCAAAAAAUGGACCGCCCGUUAGUGAUCAGAAAGAAGCGUUACCAGCCGGAGUCACUAUUAAACAGGAACAGAACCUGGACCAAGCCUAUCUGGAUGAUGAGCUGAUAGAUACACACCUUAGCUGGAUACAAAACAUUAUAUGAAACAGAAUGACUGUGAUCUUUGAUCCAAGCAAUCAAAGUAAAAGUUAAUGAAAUUAUCAGGAAGGAGUUUUCUGGACUCCCUGCCAGAAAUCAGACGUAGAAGAAGAGAUUUGUGAGACAACUUUUACUGAAUCCUUCCAUAACUGACCUGUUUAGAUCCUUCCACUGCCCCUUCAACCUUCUGCUUCCUUAAUCGUUCAUCUCAAGGCACCGAUUCAAUGCAAGGAACAAUGUAUUGGCAUCAAGCUGACAGCCUUGACUAAGCAACUCGCCACCUCUCUCUGUAAACAUCAAAAGGACACCCUUCCUUUAGUCCAAAAAUUGUAUUGUUCUCAUAUCACACGGUAUGUGUCUUGCCUGCUGCAAAAAUAUAUAUAUAUAUCAUAAUAAUAAGGGAGAAGAAAGGCAUCGCUCCAGAGCUCUGUUCUACAGCAAAUGUGGUUAUAUAUUAGCACUUAAUUAGAUGGGAACGGGAAAUAAGGGGAGAGGGAGUGCUUGCAUUUUAUAUAAGAUGAACAACACUUUGCAUUUAAAUAGCAAUACCUUUCCAUCCAGAUCUCAAAGCCCUUUACAAACACAGGUCACACAUUAUUAUUCCCAAUGUUAUCAAUGGGGGUAACUGAGGCACCCAUCAGUUAAGGGACUUGCACGAGUCAGGCCACAUCUACACUAUGGGUUCUACAUUGAUGGAAGGUGUUUUUCCAUCCCUGUAGGUAAUCCACCUCUCCCAGGGGCAGCAACUAGGUCAAUGGACAAAUUCUUCCAUCAACCUAGCUGCAUCUAUCCUGAGGGUUAGGUCAGCAAAGCUACAGUACACAGGGGUGUAGCCAUGUUGAACUAAUAUUUAAGACUAGACCAGGUCUCAGUCUGAUCUGGGAACAGAACCCAGGUUUCCUGACUCCUACUCCUGUGCUCAGCACACCACACUGUAGUUGCCACAUGAAUCCAGGACUUUCUUUGUUGUUUUUAAUCAGAGUUGAUGUGCCUUUGAAGGAGAGGGAUGCUUAAAGAGAAUUAAGUUAAAAGAGCAAUUCAACGUUUCUAAUGUACAGCCCAAGUUAAAAUAACCCCUGAUAAAAUGAAGCGGAUGCAUCUAUUGGAGUUACAAAAUUCAAGCAGAAUUAUGCCUGUCAAAAGACUUUGUGAUUGACCCAAAUUACUGGUUAGCCAAUACAUUGACAGCUUUUAAUUUUUUUAUUCUAAUAAAGUGCUGCUGUUUAUUUUCAUGUAGAACCUGCCUUCAAUUCGUAACUGCUCUCAUUUAGAAGCCACAACAUUUAACCAUACAAGCUGCAGGGGAAAGUAAUUACAUCUAAAAGAAGCCACACAUUUAUUUGUCUUUUUUUCUUUUGCUUUGAAAAGCCAGCAGCAAUUUACAGAAAGGCUGAACUUCCUUGUUAGUCUAAUAAGUUAGCUAUGUAUGACUUCUAGUGCUAACACAUAGUUUGAAUAUACUGUGCUCAUGAAAGUUAAUCACAAUAAGAAACAGAAUAUGGAUAAUAUUUGCCAUUUGCAGAUGCACAGCUAGUAAGCUUGUCAAGUUUCACGCUUUCCAUUUUCAGUGUGUUAUUGCUUCCCUGCCAUGAUAAAAAGAUAUAAUACUUGGAUAAAGAAAUACAGUAAGGGCUAACCAUAAUAUUGCAGCAAAUGUAAUAAUGUACAAAUGUAAUAAUCUUUUGUUAAAUUAAUGAAAUCAAUAUCCUUAAAAGUGCUUGUAGGAAAUUUGCAGUGCUAAAGAUCCCUCUAGAAGGCACACUAGCUAAAGACUCAAGGGUUUCAAAGCAAGGAUUGCCAGUACCCAUUUGUCUACAUGGUGACACAUGAAUUAGGUUGUAUGAAAAUAUUAGAUCAGAACUUCUGUAGAAUGUUUGCCCAAUGCUGCAAGAAAGAUAAGUGCAUAGACCCCAUGGAAUAAGUACUGGGUUUGGCACAGCCAUUCUUCAUGAAUUUUGUGAAAAUAUAUAUUUUCUGCUACUAAAUUCUACCACUUAAGAUAUGCAAAGGCUUAUAUCCUGGAGAGAUUUAAUGGAUAGCAUUUCACUAACUCUCUCCAGGAUAUAAGCCUUUGCAUAGCUUCAGAAUGCCUGAUUGAGAAAUGGACCUCAACCAAAAUCUUGGAUCUUAAACAACCCAGGAUCUUUGGAGUAUCUGAAAUCAGAAUUUUGCAAAUGGGAAAAACCAAAAGCCUGGAUUCAAACCUUCUUAGGUCAUUUAAAGUCUGAGUUUAUAUCCUGAACAGAAUUUUGUGGCUUACUGGAGCCCCUUUCUAUUCUUAAUCAAAAAGUUGAUUAGAUAUGUGGCCUGCUCAUGAAGUUUGCUUCUUCUUUUUUUCAGAUGGGUCAAACAUAUACUGCUCAUACAUGCAGACAGUGUUAGUGUAACACACAGACCAAGCAGGAGCAUUUCUUCCAGUUGGAAGGUAUUCUGCUUUGUACGAUUAGAAUCUUUUUCAGAAGGUCAUUUUCCCAUAUGCCAUUUCAGCAAUACUAAAUGUGACUAUCAUACAAUACUGCCAGCAGUGGAUGUUUCAGUCUGCCAUUCAUAUAGCCAGCUACACAUGCUCCAUCUGUAAAUAAUACAACAAAAGGUUCAAGUCCUGGUCCUGUACCCAUUGAAGUCAAUAGACUUUUUGCCAUUGGCUUCCAUGGGAGCAAGCCUGGGGCUUUGAAUAUGAUGAAUUAAAAAUGACCUAGAUGUAGUGGAAUUAUUGUAUAUUAUUCAACAACUCUAGGUGCUAUGUUUUAAUAUGUUUAAUUUCCUCAGAGACUUGCUUUAAUAAUGCAGUGUACCAUGAGAUAUUUAAGAUCUCUGGUUCUUUUUAAGGCAGAUAAAGUUCCAGGCAAAACAUCCGAUUGUUUUGAAUUGUCUUGGUUCUCAAGGAGCAAAGUCAUCUUGCACAAGUUGUUUACUUCAGCUGACUUCACUUGAGCAAGUGUGUAGUGAGUUUUCCAGUUUUACACAAUUUUGGCAUAAAGUCAUUAAAAGCUACCAUAAAAAUUACUUGGCAGAUUUGUUUUCCCGUAUGGACUCUCUUCUUGUUGGAUUUUAAUAAGCAGCACAAAGAAAUAUGUGAACUAAUUAUUUUGUUUACACAAUACAUUGGCUAGAUGGCAUGUUCUAAAAACACUGCAACUCAUUAAAUGAUAGUUUAAAAAUAAAACCCCAAAAAGGGACAGGUUUUCAACAGCAUUAUACACACAAAUGCAUGCCUGACUUGGACAAGUAUAUGGGGUAAUUGCACACACAAAUCCACUAGAAACCUUGGUCAUCUCAACAUGCAAUUACCCAAAUGAAAUGUGAAAUCAUAGUACAUGUGUUCCCAUUAAGUGUGCCUACCUGUUCUGGCACUGCCCCUAAAUUAUCAGUUGAGCAUCCUGCAUCAUUUCCCCAUUUUACAUAUUAGGCUUUUCUUACCAUGAUACAUCAAUGUAUAAACCAAACAGGAACUAAGGUUUUGAUCCUUACAAUGUGACACGCACGUGGAGUUCCACUGAAGUCACAUUGCAGGAUUUGCCUGUUAAACAUGCUCUCUCUCCUAUUUGGUGGAAGACUUGUUUUGUUUUUAUUUUUAAAUCCAUUGAUCUUACAUUUUCCUUCGAGAGCUAGGCUGCGUAGGGUGGGAUAGUAAUUUUUAUGUGCUGCAAGGGUUCUAGUGCCGCUUGCAUUAAACUGGAUGCUUUUCUUCCUAAGUUUAACACAUAGCUAAUUAGAUGUAUUUGUGUAUGAGCAUAUACACACAUAUGUUAUAUACUUGGGUUGCAAUCCUGCGACUGGCACCAAAGGGACAGAACACUGCACCCGCAUGAUGUCAGCUAAAGGAUCAAGGCUCUUCAUACAUGCAUAUAAUAUAGACUACAUUUUAGUGGUUUUAUUUACAGCUACAUGGAGUCUGCCUAUACUACUGUAUCUGCUUGUCAUCAUUUUACAUGCAAAACAUUCGAUAAAUAAUAUAGUCUUAACUAACUUCAUAUUUAUUUCUGGAGAGAGGGAGGAGGAUCCUAAGACACAGCGUUAUGCAGUUUUGUCUCUUAAAAAUGUUAUAGCUAUGCUGAAUAGCUUCAAAAUAUAUAGUACUAAAUUAUUUCUUUUUUUUUUUGCUAAGCAGUGUUUUUCCAGUAUUAAUAUUGUUACAUAAAUAAAAAUUGCUCUCUUGCUCUCGCUGUAGAAACAUUAGGUUCAACUUUGAAGAGUUAAUAGCAUUUGUGAGUAAUUUGUUCUCACUUUAUCUGGAAAAUAGCCAUAUUUGCACAUGAGGAAAUUCUGUCUUUCCUCAGUUAUCUGAAUGUUUCACCACAGUGCCUUCCUGCUAUUGUACCAAAGGCCCGCCAAAUAUAAUGUCUGCAGGGUGAACAACUCUAAUGUGUUUUCCAUCAAUGUUAUACCAUGCUAAGUACAUGGGGCUCAUUGUAACUCAAAGUGCGUCUAGCUGUCUUUUUUCCCCCACACACUUUUCCGUCAUAGCUUUGGCUGCAAAUUACAGGAUGCGCUUCUAUAAACUGUUGCAUCAAUUAUAUAAAUAUAUAAAAUAAAAUAAUCAUUCUUGAUACAUAAACAGUCCGAGAGUGUAAUGGGAGUUGACAGCUAUAAGGAAGAUUUUAUGUCAGUUACAAAUGUUGUAAGUAAAGUUUGCCAGGGGAGUAAUUGCUUGUGAAGAGAUUUGCAAUGAAAUAUGCAGCCCAGUUUUGUUUUUCUCCAUGAGAAUGAGCAAAAUGUAAGAUCUGAACAGCAGCAGUGGAUUGAAAGUGUCUAUUGUAUGUGUUUUUAUUGGUAGAAAGAAUGUAGAAGAGCCAUGUUUUUUGCACUUGCUUUAUUUGUAUCCAUGUAAAUAUGUAUUACUUCAUUCUUCUUGUAGGAGUACACCAUUUUCUGAAUGUAGUAUAUUUCCAAAGACAUAACUAUGUUAUUCUCUAUUGUAUAAAAAUGCUGCUGCUUGAUAAUAUAUCCAAAACAGUUCUCAAAAUUAGCUAGCAUGUUUUUAAUAUAUUUUGUAAUCAAUAUCUUAAAAAAUAAAAGUGUCUAUGCUUUUUAUCUGCCCCAAAUAUGCAACAUCUUUUGCAUUAGAAAUGGUAUUUAUAAAGGAUUGUUUUGCAUUUUUUCCAAGUGGAUUAAUUUCUCUAUGCAUUUGUUAUUGAACUUUUCCCCCAUAAGAUAAAUGAUUUCAAGUUGGUAUUUGAUAAGUGUUCCAAAGACUCCAAACAUGUUUUUGAACACACUAUUUUUCAAAAUACUUCAAUGUGACUUGUUUUCCAAUGAAUCAGUUUCCAAAUUGCUACUUAUCACAGAACAAUUGUUUCUUACAUGGAUUCAAGAAAAUGUCUGUCUAAAUUUAAGAUAUAAAACUGGGUCAAACCUGGUGGUGUUUGACCCAUUUUAAAUUAUCUGAUGGCCCAAUUUAGUAUCUACAUUGAAUGUUUGUUAUUUAUACUGUUUGUGCUUAUGGAAUUGGGAGAAGUGCCUAAAUUGGAUUUAGAAAAAGUGAACCACAGAUUCCCCAAAACUCAGUUACUUACUGUUUCCUAUGGAAUUUGUGAUGUGUUUUUCGUAUUGUCCAUGAUUUCACACUUAAUUCUAAAGCAUUUAGCUUGAUAUGAAAAGGGAUAGACACCAAUGUACCAAUUAGCUCUUAAUACAAUAUGAACUAUCCACCCCUUUGAACAUUUCACAUGAAGUUAGUAUACCUUUCUCUUACAUCUGUGCUACUGUGUAACCCCAGUGAAUGACAGUUGCUAACAAUUUGCUUAACCAGCAUCAAUCACCUUAUUAUAGUCUAUGUAAGAUUUAUCUAUUUUUAAUUGUUCCUUGUGUGUAAUCCAAAGAAAUAAACUGGUACCUGACUAAUGUUGCAAUAAAGUUUCAAAUGCAGGUGCUGGUAGCUGCAUAUGAUCAUAUAGGCUGCCAAUGAGAGGCAAUUAGGGGAAAAGUUUAUAUUUCGAGUUUCCUUCGCUAACUCCCCUGAAACUGCUACAAAAAAGCUGGAAGAUUCCAGCAAUAAUGACCUAUGCAGAUGCUACAUGGAUACACUGAGUUUCCAAACAAUCCAUCUAUCUGUUAUAGAGUAGAUGGGUUAUUUUCAAAUAGUACUAAGGCCUAGACUGCAAUGCUCAUACUCAUGCUAAGCAGUACCUUACUACAUGAGUAGUCCAAUGGGUGUCGGCAGGUUGUAGACUAUGGGUGAAGUCAGGUGCUAUUCAGUGUCAGUAAGGGUGGCAUAAUUGGGCAAUAAGUAAGUAAAUCAAUUAAAAAAUAACUAUUUCUGGUGAUCCCUGUAUUCCCAGGCUCGCUGCUCAAGUCACAGUCUCCAUGUUCAGCUAACACUCUGCGUUAAAUGCAGAUACUCACCUGAAGUGAGCAAAUGACUUUCAAACAGACAUUUUACUACUAACUUGCUUGUGCAAAAGUCUAUGCUUAACAAGUGAAGAGGGGUUUAUAUAACACACAUUCCUAUGCAAAACAUUGUUAACCUCCAAUUCAAUGAUUUUUCCUAUCUGUAAAAUAUUUUUAUAUAGCUUGUACUAUGAUAGUUUAGCAAUAAAUCAAAGGAUAACAUCUGCA